AGGGUUUAGAGAUCUUACUUAUAUUUUGCAGGCAAAAGGGACUCCGGUGAUAGCAAAAGAGAGGAACAGAGAUGGAUUCAUUUUCGUCGCCGUCGAGUUCAUCGCCGUCAUCGCAAAUGUCUGCCGAAGACUUCAUGGAUCAGCUCAAGGUUCAACUUGCCCAGGCCUACGCUGAGGAAUUCCUCGAGACGGUAAGGGGGAAGUGCUUUGACAAGUGUAUCACUAAACCCGGCAGCAGUUUGAGUGGGGGAGAAAGUAGCUGCAUCUCCAGGUGUGUGGAUCGCUAUAUCGAGGCCACUGGUAUCAUCAGCAGAGCGCUUUUCAAUUCACAGCGAUAGAAAAAAAUUUGAAAGCAGAGCAUUUUUAAAUCAAAGGUUUCAUGCAUGGUCUCAGGACUAUCUAUCUAUCUAUCCAUAUCUAUCUAGGCACAUUGUAUAAUGUGCAUCAUGCCUUAUAUAUGCUGGUUUUUGACACAAGUAAACAUGACUUCUUGAUUCAGCCAUAAAAUGCAUGUUGAAACCUUAAUUUCCAUAUUUCAAUGAAUGAUUUUCAUAUAUUUUUGUA